CGGAGGACCCCGGCGGUCUUAGUACAAGUCAGUGGUGUGACGAACUUUGAAGGUGCAGCAUCUAGCCUUGUAGAGCUCUCGCGUCGACUUGUGUUCGUGUCGGUUGGUUCGUGCGGCAGUGAUUAUAAAGUGAUUGUGCAGCAGUGUGAUCAGCAUCACCAUCAAUCGACUCUUCAUUCCGCUUGGACAGUGCAAAUCUUCCGUCUUUCGGAGCAGCAGCAGCAGCAUCUCAAGACAAAAGCGGCUACUAUGGGAGUUUACGAGUACAAAGGAUGUCUGUUCGAGUGUUCACCACCUGGGACAAGUGUUGCUCAUUGCGUCAGUGCCAACCUGCGAUGUGGGCGUGGCUUUGCCCGAUUAUGUCGCGGACAGGACUUCGCGGAUCUGCGACGUCAACAAGUCCGUGUGGGUGGCGUCGCAGUAGGGUGGCAAGAUGGUCGCCAAAUAUUUAAUUUGGUGACCAAAAAGCACCACACGGACAUACCCACGCUCUGGGCUAUCCGGGAGAGCCUGUAUGAACUGAGGCGUCUGUGCUACAUGCACGGCGUGCGUGAUAUUUGUAGCCCCGCCUUGGCCUCGGGGCUUGACACCCAUAAUUGGGUCACCAUUAGGGAAAUGCUGCAUGACAUUUUUUGGAAUUGUGAUAUAAACAUUCACGUUUAUCACCUGUAAUUUAAGUUAAAUAAAAAGCUGCGAAAAACGACAUGAAAAUGAGCUCAGAUUUCUUAUUUAUGUGGCGAGUGUCCUGAUGUCCUGUAUAUGUUUCAGAUUGAUUUAAAAAUCACACACACACACACACACACACACACACACACACACGUGCAAAGAGGUGUGCACUCGUUUGUCUUUUAUUUCUGUGUCUUUUCAUUGAAUAAAUAUGGCCGGUAUGUGGGAAUCUAUGGACGAUGCCGAUUUGGAAGCUUGCGGGGACGCAGCUCUCUUUGUUGGAUUAAGCACAUCCUGGAGCGAGCUAGAGGACGCUGCCGCGGGGCAGACAGCAGCAGCA